AGCGCAAAGCCCUAAGUUUUUGCCUUCAUUUUCUGGAACUGAAUAACUUUUGUAAUUUUUGGCGCAUCAGUUUCACACUUUUGAACAGGCAAAAUCAAUUGCUGCAAUGGCCGCCAUCGAAACCCUAGCCUUUACUCCCCGUCUGCUUCCGUCUAAUCCCCUCCGGUUCUCUUCUACCGUUUCCGUCAACCUCAACCCCAGAUUCUCCGGUUUCCGUUCAAAGUCCAUUUCUCUUAUUGGCUCCACUUCCCGCGUCCGUACGCUCAGAUGCACUUCGCUUUCAUCAUCUCCUUCUAUAGUUGAUCAGUCAGUGAAAUUUCGAGAAGCUUCGAAGAACGGGAAUUUAGUUCCUCUUUACCGAUGUAUAUUCUCGGAUCACUUGACGCCGGUGAUAGCAUAUAGAUGUUUAGUCAAGGAAGAUGAUAGGGAUGCUCCGAGCUUUUUGUUCGAGUCUGUCGAGCCUGGUUUGCUGGCUUCCAGUGUUGGAAGGUAUAGUGUGGUUGGAGCUCAGCCAAGCAUUGAAAUUGUGGCUAAAGAAAAUAUGGUUACAAUUAUGAACCAUGAGGAGGGGAGUAAGAUAGAGGAGAUUGUGGACGAUCCAAUGACUGUUCCACGGAGAAUUAUGGAGCGAUGGGAGCCCCAACGUAUAGAUGAGCUUCCAGAAGUAUUUUGUGGUGGCUGGGUUGGUUAUUUCUCAUAUGACACAGUGCGGUACGUAGAGAAAAAGAAGCUUCCAUUCUCUAGUGCUCCCCUCGAUGACCGAAACCUUCCAGAUGCUCAUCUAGGCCUCUAUGAUGAUGUCAUUGUAUUUGAUCAUGUUGAGAAGAAAGCAUUUUUGAUUCACUGGGUGCGGUUAGAUCAAUAUUCUUCAGUUGAUGAGGCCUAUAAUGAUGGCAUGAAACGAUUGGAAACUUUAGUAUCUAGAGUACAUGAUAUAGAUCCCCCAAAGCUGCCUGCAGGUUCAAUCAAGUUGUAUACUCGUCUUUUUGGCCCAAAAUUGGAGAUUUCAAGCAUGACAAGUGAUGCAUACACAGAGGCUGUGUUGCGGGCUAAAGAGCACAUUCUGGCUGGUGAUAUUUUCCAGAUUGUAUUAAGUCAGCGUUUUGAACGUAGAACAUUUGCUGACCCAUUUGAAAUAUACAGAGCCCUCAGGAUUGUUAAUCCAAGCCCAUACAUGACAUAUUUGCAGGCUAGAGGGUGUAUACUUGUUGCUUCCAGUCCGGAAAUUCUUACACGUGUGAAGAAGGGAAAGAUUACUAAUCGACCUCUUGCUGGGACCAUUAGAAGAGGGAAAACACCUAAAGAAGAUUUAAUGCUGGAAAAAGAACUUUUGGCUGAUGAAAAGCAGUGUGCGGAGCACAUUAUGCUAGUUGACUUGGGGAGAAAUGAUGUGGGAAAGGUUUCCAAGCCGGGAUCUGUUAAGGUCGAAAAGCUGAUGAAUAUCGAACAAUAUUCCCAUGUUAUGCACAUCAGUUCAACGGUGACAGGAGAGUUACUUGACGAUUUAACUAGCUGGGAUGCUUUGCGUGCAGCGUUGCCUGUUGGAACUGUUAGUGGGGCACCAAAGGUAAAAGCAAUGGAGUUGAUUGAUCAAUUAGAAGUUACAAGGCGGGGACCAUAUAGUGGUGGGUUUGGAGGCAUUUCAUUCUCCGGUGAUAUGGAUAUUGCUCUCGCACUGAGAACCAUUGUUUUUCCGACAGCGACUCGUUAUGACACUAUGUAUUCAUACAAAGACGCGAACAAGCGUCGAGAAUGGGUUGCUCACCUGCAAGCCGGGGCUGGCAUAGUUGCAGACAGUGUCCCUGCUGAUGAACAGAGAGAGUGUGAGAAUAAAGCCGCCGCUCUUGCCCGUGCCAUCGAUCUUGCAGAGUCUUCAUUUGUUGAUAAAUAAUGUCUUCUCAAUACUUCUAAAAUGAAGUGUUUGGCCACUUUAUCCUUGACCGUUGGAUUUUUGUAUAGAGGGGGGCUUCUUUCUUUAGUCUAUACUUUAUCCGCGCCCCUAAAACUUUUUAUAAAUAUGGUAAGAGUAUAAAAAUGGUACUAAACUAUUGACUUCA